CAUGGCAGCCCACAAUGUUUUGGUUUGUGAAAAAUGGACUAGUUGAAGAAAUAAGAGCAGAAUGGAGAUUUGAAUGGGCGGGGCUCAUGGGCGAUCAAGAUGACAGAAAAAGAAAAGUGGGCGUGUGAAUACUGCACCUAUGAGAACUAUCCUGUCACCAAACGAUGCACGUUAUGCCACGCCCACAGACCACCAAGCUUUAUCACAGACAGACAUAAUGAGGAGCAGGAUAUUUACAAGAUGGCCGCCACCAUGGGCCAGAAUAAGGAGGGAAACAACAGCAAUCUUUUAUCUGGAUCAAGUAGCUCUAGCCAUGACCCUUCCAAUAAAUGGGCAUGUACAUCAUGCACUUUUCUCAACUGGCCCAAAACAACUAAGUGUUCUCAGUGCUUGACGCCCAAAACCCGUCCUUCUGUCUCUGGUAGUCUUAGUCCUACAACAGAACGAUCACCACCUAUCACACCAACAGGAGUAAAUGCAGCAGAGAGUCAGAGAGCUCGAAAGAAGACUACUCAAAACAAGGAGUUUCCCUCAUCACCAAAGGCAGCUAAAGCCAUUUAUACUAAUGAUAUUAACAAUAAGACCCUUGCAACUUGUUAUGCAAAGGUAAAAUGGACAUGCAAAAUAUGUACAUAUGAAAAUUGGCCGAAGUCUGCACGAUGUGUCAUGUGUGGUUUACAGAGAGGAAGAUCGUCACCGGAGAUCACCUCCAUGACUACAGGUUUGGAAAAUAAUACAUCAAACCUCUCAGGCUCGACGCUCAAACAAUCAAGUGUAAUAACAAAACAAACUAUUUCCCCGACAAGUAGCCUAGCAGCUGGUACAUCUGGACGUGAGCUUGGGGCACGUUCACCAGACAUAGGGACAGCAUGCUCUUCAGCAGGAUUACAUGUUCAGGAGGAGAAACGGGAAACUGAACGUAAACUUAAACAAAUUAGAAAUUGCAUGCAAGAAGACGAUUGGUUGUGGUUAAGUGCAUGUAAUGGCGUUGUUAAUGGUGACUCUCGCCCUGUGGAGACGUUUGUUAGCUCAGGUGGGGAUCCUGCAAGACAACUUACACAGGAGGAGGUAACUCUGCUCAACAGACCAAGUGCAUUUGAAGUAGGAUAUACUUUAGUCCAUCUUGCCAUCAGGUUCCGUCGUGAAGACAUGCUUGCAGCUUUGCUCACCAGCACUGAAACCCCUUCAAAAGCUGUUAAACGACUUCCAUCUCAUCUUAGUGCUGAUCUAGCUUCAGAAAUCCGGCGUGAAAUAUUAGCCAUGCUCCGACAGAGAAAGGGAGAGUUUCCAUGCCAGUUUUUGACAGAUUGUGUCACAUUUGCUAUACCAACAGGUGUUCGAGACUUGCCAAACACUGUCCAGAGUCAACUGUUUGAUGAAAUCCUGGAUGGGGAUGUUCAAAAAGAAUUAGAGGAUGAGUAUGUCGUGAAUUGGAGUGUGGAGCUAACAGAUAGACUUGGCAGUCGUCUAUAUGCACUGUGGAAUAGAACUGCUGGAGACUGCCUCCUUGAUUCCAUCCUCCAGUCCACAUGGGGCAUUUUUGACUCUGACAACACACUAAGGAAAGCAAUGUCAGACAGCCUCAGUGAUGCAGCCAUGAUGUUUUAUCCUCGCUGGAAGGAGUAUGAGGCCAUGCAUGCAGAAAUGCUUCAUUUUACUCUUGACGAGGCUCAGUGGCAGAACGACUGGGCAGACAUUCUCAGUAUUGCUUGUACUCCAGGUGCUUCUUUAGAACAAAUCCACAUUUUUGCCAUAGCUCAUAUUCUCAGGAGACCAGUUAUAGUGUAUGGGGUCAAGUAUGUUAAAAGCUUCAGAGGUGAAACUAUUGGACUCGCCCGAUUCCAAGGUGUAUACCUGCCUUUACUGUGGGAGAGAGGGUUUUGCUGGAAAUCGCCUGUCACUCUGUCUUACACACGUGGCCACUUCUCAGCCCUUGUUCCCAUGGAAAUGACCACAGGUGAUGUCAUUGGGGCUGGAGCAGAUGUUGAGACCUCUGAGGAGGAACAGGUGGCUUACCUCCCUUUAGUUGAUGUAGAAGGAAAACUGCUUCCCGUGCAUUUCUUGAGGACAUCAGAGGUAGGACGAGAAGAACCUUUAUUAAGAGAGUGGCUUGAUGUCUCCGUUACAAAGGGUGGUAGUUUAGUGGCCCUCCAGAAAAUAGGAAAGCGUCCACUACUGGUUAAGCGGAUGUUAGAGGACUGGAUUGACCACUAUCGCCAGAUGUCACACACGGUUGUACCCUCAGGGACUCCAGCUAGCCUGGCCGGUCAGAACUUCUCCAGUGAUGGGGAAAGCGAUCAGGAAUAGUCUUUCAUUUUAUCAAAUUUUACCAUAUGUUGGAAGUUUAUUCAUAGACCUUUCAUUUUCUAUUUCACCAAAUGAUUUGUUGUUUAAUGAAGGAAGAUAAAAGAAAGUAGCCAAGGUUUGAUUCCAAAGUUUCCAAAAGUGUUCAGGUUGCACAUAUCAAUUUUUUGUUUACAUAAUCUGCAAGUGACAAAACACCAAGAGUCUGGUUUGUUUUCAAAUUUUUGCAGAAUUUUGAGUCCUGAAUUUAAAAAUUAGAUUUAUCCCUUACUUUUAAGUUAAAAUAUUUCUUGUAAAAGAAUAUUUAAUGGAAACCUUCUAAAUGACCAUGAGGGCAUCAAGGAUACAAUCCAUUUAAUUCUACAAAAUAUCCUAACCUUUUUGAAUGCAGAUCUUAAAUACUAAAAUACUCAGAUUAUGUAAUACUAUUUUACCUGUGUCAUGCAGAAAAUUAAACAUGGAUUUCUUGACUGGAAUAAACAUCAACACAUAUAUAAGCAUGUUUACCAAGACACCCAGAAGAAAACAAAAUAUAAACAAAACAUGACAUCAUGUUUAUGCAAGGUAAAUAGUGUUUAUUGAAUUAUUUGAAAAAGGAUGUCAAUAAUUACUUUAUUCAUGAGAUUCUGCAUUCACCAUUGUAGUUCCAUAUUCUACAUUUUGGAGUUUGUGUCCUGGUGAGGUGAUUAAUUGGUAAACAGGUACCAACAAAUGAUAUUUCAAUAUCUGUAAUAAUGGUUUUCUCACAUACAUAUAAGUUCAGAUUCCAAACCUGUGUUCAGAGACCACCUUCAGUGAAUCCUCUAAGUGGCCUCUAAAUGCAGGUCGACAUUCAAUACAGGAUCAAUUUGUAUGAAGGUAUUUAACUGCUAUGAUGGAGGGAGUUAAAAAACUGGUUUGUUGACACGGUGACUUGUGAACAAGUUUGACUGCCUGCACAAAGCAUCUGGGCUAGUUACAUGAGACAGAAUUAGCAGAUGUUGGUGAUUCUACUGAACAGCAAUAAGUAUCAGUGGGCUUAUUACCAGACAUAGGCUUAUUAUUAGAUAAAUACAGUUGUAUCAAUUUAUUGAACCGUGAAACUGUAUUCAUAUUUCCAGUAUUUUAUGCCAUGCUGUUGGAAAAUAAAGCACUGCCUCUCAAAAUUUGGCUAGAGUUUAACAUUGACAUUAUCUUCUUAAAUGUAAAACAAGUUAUAUGUGAUCUCAUACCUUGGCUGAUGUUUUAUCUCCAAGUUUUGUUUGGAUUCUAUUACUUAACAGCUUCGGUUUCAUGCAGUGUUAUUUACAUAUUAAGUGGGAUUUACAAUAUUUAGAUAGUAUUGUAUGAAUUGUUACAUGACUAGAAAUGUUUGCUGGCUUGUUAAAUAUAGAUUUACAAGUUUAUAUCUUCACCACUAAAUUUACUAUUGUAGAAUUGUUAAAAAUUGCCCAGUAUACAAUUUAUCAAAGUUUGUAGUCUAUACAUAAGUUUGAAAUUGAAAUGAAAUGCCUUUAGCUUUUUUAUUAUUAUUAUUUGUGCAUCAAGGCUGUUGAUACCAUCUAGAUAAUUAUAAUGCUAGGGUUCUUCAGAUAGGUUAUUAUGGAUACCAGUUUAUAAAUACAGUCUUAUAGAAGAUUAUCUGUUUGAAUGUAUACCCUACACAGUGAAAAUAUUUUUUUUUUAUCUAGGUAACUAAUAGUAUACCCGGUAUGUCAGCUUAUGUGUCUUUAUUUCAUGAAAAGUUCCACACUGAAGAAUGGUGUAAGAUAAUUAUUUUGUAGGGUAACAUAAACUAUAUUAUAUAUUGAUUGAUUUCUGUCAUGUAUUUCAGAUACAAAAGCAUAUAGUUAUGUAUACUGAAAAAUCUUAUUAUGGUACUACGUUUGGAACUUCAAUGGAAAGUUCAAAAAGAUUGCCCUUUAUAUCCUUUGUAUAAGACACAGGGGUUUUACUGAUGUCUACAUGUCGUUUUAGUAAUGUUUUUUUCUUGUGAUAUCUUACAAUUUUUGCCAUUCAUUGGAAGCUGGUAAAACAAUGUAAACAUUUCAAAACAGAAGUUGUGUAAGGUAAAGUGAAAGCCAAAGACUUCAGGUGAAAAUCAUAUGACUGACACUACAAUAAGAUGAUUGAUGACAGAAAAUAAUGGGGUCCCUCCCCCGUUUUUGAGAGGAAAUGGAGGAGGGGAGCUAGUACUUGAAAAUAAUACUAAUCAAGGGAUAAAUGUCGAUCAUAGAUAAAAUGUGUUGUGUAGUACAGUCAUGUAUGUGAUGUUAUGUGAAAUUUCCUAUCAUUUAUCUGGAAAAUUUAUUUCUGUGUGUUUUAAAACCACAUUCAUAUCUCCUGAACAACUGUGACUAUAUUGUAGCUGUGCAUACAUAACAUAGGUAGGUAUUGUAAGUUUUGAUUUACAUUAAUUUGUUUAAAAUUUUACUUACCACUAUUUCAAUUUAAGAUCAGCUAGAAGCACUAUAUACAUGUUUUAAAUAUGUGGAUUGAUUUUGAAUGUGUUGUUCAUAGUUCUUAUUUAGUGUGACAGUGUGCAAUUAAUUUAUUACUUUGUUUAAAAAGGGAUAAUAAUGAUAUAUGUACGAUUUCACCAAUAUCCCGAUAUCCUAGUAUUUUGUUGUUAACGAUGUCGAAGUGAUACAGCAUUUUCAUGUGUUUGUAUACUAUACUUCAAAUUUAAAUAAAAUCAUGACAUGAAAAUUAUUACACAUGUUUGUGCAAAUAAAAUAUAUUUGUGUUUGAUAA